AUGGCCCGGCGAAGGCGGCCCCAGCGUCAUCCCGGCGUCGAGAGGUGCGAGGCUGCGCGCUGGAGGCGAAAGAGCCCGACGACGAACAAGCCCCUUCAGGAAAAGAUGACGCCCAGGGAGCAUGAGAAGGACGGCUGCGGUGCCCACCUGCCGGUGAGUUUCUACCUUGCAGAAGAGGCAGCACAACAUCAGAAAGGAGGGAAGCGCAAAACAAGCCUUGGCGGCGACAGUGCCUGCAGCGAGAGCAACGAGAGCAACCAGAGCAUCGCCACCGCCAACAGCGACGCCAGCACCUGCCUGCCCGAUGACCACAUCGUUCAGCUUCAGACAGAGCUCAGCAAGUGCCAGCGCAGCAAGUGCAAGAUCGACCAGCUGCUGUCUGAGAACGACCUCCUGCGCAAGGAGUGCCACGACAGCAACUGCAGGCUACAGGUCGAGAUGUCUUUGAGAAAGUUGCAAUGCCGCAAGCUGCAGAUUUCAAACAAGAGGCUGCAGGAGGAGUGCCAAGACGCAAAGCAGCAUCGCAAAGAGGCGGCAGACCUCAACGCCGCCCUGCAGAGGAAGCUUCAGUUGGCCGAGACGAGGUUGAAAGAGAAGUUGUGCCCAACGUCAGCCGCGCCUUUCUGCCUGGACGCGGCUGGCGAGGCACAGCAAGAGCACGAGAAGAUUCUGCGGCAAUCUGAGGAGGCCAAGAAGAAGGCUUACGCCGAACAGGAGCAAAUCCUCCGCGAGGCUGAAGAGGCCAAGCAGAAGGCUGCCCAAGCCAAAGCACGCAAGGAAGCAGAGGAGAAGCGCCAGCAGCAGGCUCGCCAAAAGGCCAAGGAAGAAGCGGAGAAGCUACAGGCUGCCCAAGCCAAGGCACGCAAGGAAGCAGAGGAGAAGCGCCAGCAGGAGCGUGCGACGUCACGCGCAGCUACGGCGGAGCUCUAUGCCAUGUGCGAGCGCAUCCUCGGCGCCGGAUUCCGCAGGAGGCAAACCCUUUCCGAGUUGGAAGCUGCAGCAAGGGCGGAUGCCGAAAAUGGCAUCUGCACCCUUCAACAGGCCCUUGCUGUGCGUCUGGCUUUGAACUUCGAAUCCACGCCGAAUGACAUCCUGCUGAGUCCCUGGGCUGAAAUGAAUGAGUCGAGCCGGUUUUCCAACCGUGAAGAGUAUGAUCCUGCUCUGCCACCCGGACAAGUGCAGCUGGGCCCUGCCUUGGUUGUCAUCGUGAUGGCUAAGCAAGCAGCGUGGCGUGCCGGGUGCCGGCAAACGUUGGACGUCAAGGAGGUCGCUGGGCUUGAGGACGUGUGGCGCGAUUCAGAGAAGGCUCGAAGUCCGACAGGGCUGCGAACGGUGCAAGUCGGCAAAAUGGAAUGCGGGCAGUUCGUUGGCAAGAUCAAGCCGGACAAAGAUGUGGAGCAGAUGGCAAGAAACUUCAAGCUCGACGAUUCUGCGACCUCGAGGUUGACUGAGCUCAAGGUUUGGCGAAAGCGGCGUGGUCAGGAAGACAGGGCUACGAAGGACUUGGAGAGAAUAGGGUAUCACCUGCGCUUUGCCAAGAGGCCGAACGCUUUGUGCACACUUCUGGUCGGCAAGCUUCUUGAAGGCGAGGUGGAGGAGCUGCCAGAUCUCACCAACGCGGAGAAGAUCAUGACGGACUACAAGCUGGAUGAGGACGCUUGCUCGAAGAUGCGGGAGAUCAUAGAGAAGCGUCAUAAAGACGAAGACUUGGUGCUCACCAGUGUUCGGAAGCACCUGAGCAACGCCAGCAACGCUUCCUCGAUGCCGCAAGGACGACGAACUGCUGAGCCCAUGAGGUUGAGAGCUUCCUCCUGUGCCAUGGCGUGCGUAGCCUCGGCAGUGGCAGACUUCUUCGGCUUCACCGGCACAACGGAGGUUUGGCCUCCUACAUCAAGGAGCUUGAAGCCACCGUGCGAUGGCAAGAAACUGUCAUCGCAAUGCUCCGCCAGGAGCUGA